AUGGCUUCUGGUCCAGAUUCUACGGAUAAUGGGCCCUCGAACAUCAUAGAUCAUGAGCUGAAAGUAAACGAGCCAAUGGAUACGUUCAGAACGCUCUGGGGCGAGGCCCUGCGCAAGUUCCAACAAAGCACCAAUGUCAAGUCCGCGCGGUGGUCGUCGAUGGAGCAGCGUAUGCUGAGCUGCAACUCCGUGGAAGACGUGUGCACGGUACUGGACGAAACAAUCGAUAGACUAGAACACUCUCGAAGUGGGAGCAAGAGGUGGAGGGAGCUGAGAGAGAAGUACUUGAAGCCGAUCGUUCAAGCGCUGCUGGUCUUCAGUGACGCGAUAGCGGAAACGGCGGCGUCCUUCCCUGUCGUACCUGGCGGCAAGGCGAUCUUUGUAGCCUUGGGCAUACUCCUUGCAGCCACCGAUGGAGUCGAGCAGCGUCGCGUCGCGCUCAUCGAGCUUUUCGAGGAGCUGAAAGUCUUCAGCGAGGGCUUGCGCGUACGACUCGCGAAGCCGGCUGAGCUCGGGCGGGCGUCCAAGAUUACAGUCAUCGCCAUCAUGGCGUGCAUUCUCGACAUCUUAUUGAUUGCGACGAAGCUCUUCUCUCCGUCUGUGUGGCGUACAAGGAUCUCUCUCUUUCAUCAAGCGAUCACGAAGGAUCAGAGCAUCCAGGACGCUCUGAAGCGCCUGCGUUCGUUCACAGCCAUGGACAUGCGGGCCAUCGCCACGGAGACGCAAGUCACCGUAGAAAAGAUCCAGUCCUCUAUCCACAAAUCUCAGGGAGUUGUCAUGUCGGAGCUCAAAGCGAUGAAAGAAGAACUUGAUCUCUUCCUUGAGCGCGAUCGCCAGCGGAGUACCACUGCUAACACCUCGAGGCUACUUGGGAUGCUCGAUCGCGUGGCUUCUGCCGACAUAGAUGCCCAAAACUCGAACGGUUGUCUUGAGGGCACACGAGUCGACCUUCUGCGUGACCUCAUGCUCUGGGCUCGCGACCCUCAUUCACCACGCAUCUUUUGGCUCAACGGCAUGGCAGGCACCGGAAAGUCUGCCGUUGCGCGGUCUUUCUCCCGCACUCUACGGUCAGACGGUCUCCUCGGUGGCAGCUUCUUUUGCUAUCGUAUGGUCGCAGAUCAAGCCGAUGCUAAACGAAUCAUACCUACGGUGGUAGUCUCCCUAGCGUUGCGCGACUCUCACUGCACCGAGGCAUUGCUAGCUGAGCUCGACACCGUCUCGUCCGUCCGCGCGUGGAAUCUUGAGACACAAAUCGAUCGUUUACUAUGCAAGCCUUUCGUUGGAAUCGAGCAUGAUGAUGAUCUUAUGCCAGUCGUGGUCAUAGACGCCCUCGACGAAUGCUCAGACGAAAUGAUCACGCGCGACCUAUUGCAUUGGCUACUAAAACAUGUCGGCAAGCCGCCUGUCGGGCCGGCUGCUCAGCUGCCUGUCAAGUUUUUCCUAACAUCCAGGCCCGAGCCACAUAUCCGAGGGUACCUCGAAGGCAUACAUUCUGACUUUGGCCAAGUUGUGCGGCUACAUGAUAUAGAACAUGUGAUUGUAGGCCAUGACAUCUCCCGGUUCAUCACACACUCUCUUCGCAACAUGCGCGGGACAUUGUGGUCCCCAUCUCUCUCCGAUUGGCCGUCACAAGCAGACAUUGAUGCAUUGACUCGUUUGUCUGGGAACCUGUUCAUCUAUGCAUCUACGGUGUUGAUGUAUAUCCAGAAAAACCCUGUGGAUCGUCUCCAUCGGCUCACCGGUACCGUCGUGACUGCUGGUCGUGUCAUGACUCAGUCGCUGGAUGAUAUAUAUAACAUGAUUCUCUCCGAUGCCACGAACGCAGAUGAAUAUGAGGCCGAUGAGAUCGAUCUAACGUGCCGCAUGAUCAGCGUCAUCGUGUCUCUUCAGGCUCAUUAG